GCAGCAGACGAGCCUGCCUACCUGACCGUGGGGACAGAUGUCAGUGCCAAAUACAGAGGAGCGUUCUGUGAGGCCAAAAUCAAGACAGUGAAGCGCAUGGUGAAGGUGAAGGUCAACCUGAAAGGAGAGAGUACGUCCCAGGUGGUGCAGGACGACCAGGUGAAAGGACCGCUGAGGGUGGGCUCCACGGUGGAGGUGAGGACUAACGAGGGCGUGUCCAGCGAGGCGGUGAUCAGUAAGCUGACGGACGCCAGCCUCUACACUGUGGUGUUUGACGACGGCGAUGAGAAGACUCUUCGCCGUACGUCUCUGUGUCUGAAGGGAGAGAGACAUUUUGCAGAGAGCGAGACGCUGGACCAGCUGCCGCUCACUAACCCCGAGCACUUCGGCACUCCGGUCAUCGGCAAGAAGUCAAACCGCGGAGGGCGGCGCUCGUCUCAGGCCGCGGCUGAUGAGGAGAACGAGUCUUCGUCCAGCGAGGACGAGGAGGACGACAGGAGGAGACUGAACGACGAGCUGCUGGGAAAAGUCUGCAGCAUCGAGAGCGAGGAGCCCAGCAGCUGGUACCUGGCCCUGGUGGUUUCUCCCAGCUGUCACGAUGAGCUGGUGGUGAAGAAGGAUCAGUGUUUGGUUCGAGCCUUCAGCGACUGCAAGUUCUACACGGUGGUGAGGAGACAUGUCCACACCGUCAGUAACAUCAGCUUCUCUGAGUUCUCCAGCAGGAGAGGUUUUGAAGCAGCCCAGGUCUUCCUGAGGACCGGGGAGGUCCCUGAUGUGUGGAAGAUGGACAUGAGUCAGAUCCUGGAGUCGUCCUCCAGCGAUGAAGAGGAAGAUGAAGACGAGAAGGAGAGCGAGGAGGACGAGGAGGACGAUGAGGAGAAGAAGAAGAAGAAACACAUAAAGGAGGAGCCGGAGGAGGAGCCUGAUCCGGAGGAGAGAGAUCACUUCCUGCAGCAGCUCUAUAAGUUCAUGGAGGACAGAGGGACUCCCAUCAACAAGCCUCCAGUUUUGGGUUAUAAAGACCUGAAUCUCUUCAAGCUCUUCAGACUCGUCUAUCAACAGGGAGGCUGCCACAAGAUUGAGUCAGGGACGGUGUGGAAGCAGGUCUACAUGGACCUGGGGAUCCCCGUCCUGAACUCUGCUGCGUCCUACAACGUCAAGACGGCCUACAAGAAGUACCUGUACGGCUUCGAGGAGUACUGCCGCUCCGCCUCCAUCACCUUCAGGACCAUCCAUCACAACAACCCCCGCCCUCCACCACCACCGGCCAAUCAGAAGCCUCCAGCGGCGGCGGAGAUUAAGGAGCCCGCCACUCCACCGGUGAAGGCGGAGCCUGAGGAGGAGAAGAUGGAGGAGGCGGAGUCAGAAAGUGAGAGCGGGGAGGAGGAGGAGGUGAAGGAGAGACAUCUGUCCCCAAGGGGGAGGAGGAGGUGCGUGGGGAGUCAGGUGAAGACAGAGCAGGAGUCGCCCUUCAGACCAGAGAAGAGAGGAGGUGGAGGAGGAGAUACCGGUGAGGAGCAGAGGGAGGUGAGGAGACGCAGCAACAGAAGAAUGGACGACUCUGAGAAGGGCUCUGAGGAAGAGGAGGACGACGAGGACGAUGAAGAGGAGGAGGAGGGGGAAAGGAGGAGAGUGGACGGUGAGGAGGACGAGGAUGGCGACUCUGUGACGGGGACGAAGGUGCGGGUGAAGUACGGCAGAGGAAAGACUCAGAAGAUCUACGAGGCUCACAUCAAGAAGACGGACGUGGACAACGGAGAGCAGUUCUACCUGGUUCACUACUACGGCUGGAACGUCAGGUACGAUGAGUGGGUGAAGGCGGACCGGAUCAUCUGGCCCGUGGAGAAAGGGACGAAGAAGAGACAGAGGAAGAAGAUGAAGAACAAGGAGGAGACGGACAGGGACAGAGACAAAGAGGAGGAGAAGCCGCCGUCGAUGGCGCCGGUGAAACCUCCAGGAGCGAAGAGAGGUCGACCUGCCAUCAGGACGACGCCCACCGGUUCAGCGGGACGCAGCGUCUCCAAAACGCCGAGCACGGAGGAACGGUCCAACGGCAAGAGGACGGAGCUGCCGUCCAGCAUGGCCAAUGGAGACAACACACCUCGCAGGAGAACCAGGAGGACGUCGGGCAUGUACGACUCAGACAGAGCGUCCAACGAGGAUUCUGGGAACUCGUCAGAGGACAGCGAAUCAGAAGACCCGCCUGAUAAGAAGCCGGCGCCAUGGCGAGGAAGGGCUGAAGCUCUGCCCUGCCAGGGGGAGGAGGAGAAGGAGCAGGAGGUGAAGGAGGAGGAACCCAGUGAGGUCACAAAGAAUCCCAACAACGACACCAGCACUGUCGCCACGACAACAGCAGGUCAGCCUCCAGUCGCCACGGUGAUGCAGAUGCCCGUCACACCUCCGAAGACUGACAAACACCCGAGCCAAUCAGAGAAGGAGGAGGCAGAGCAGAGGGAGGAGCCAGCAGUGGAAGCUGCCAUGAUGCUCAUUCACCUGGACAAGGAGGACAAAACGUCUCCGGAGCGAGGGGCGAAGACGCCGCCUGUCCCCAAGACGCCGCCUGUCCCCAAGACGCCGCCCGUCCCCAAGACGCCGCCCGUCCCCAAGACACCGCCCGUCCCCAAGACGCCGCCAGUCCCCAAGAUGCCACCAGUCCCAGAGAUGGACAAAACGUCCCCCAGCAAGACACCGCCUCCUGCGGACAGCUCCACGUCUCUUGAGAAGUCCUUGCCGCAGCCCGCCCCCGUGGAGGAGGAGGACAGCAGGUCCACUUCUCUGUCCUCCCCCCGCCCCAAAGGAGGACGCAGGGCGGUCCUCAGGGACACGGGCUCUGAAACUCCUCCCAGAAUCCCCCUCUGCUCCCCCGCCAGCAGCCCCUCACAUGUGGCGUCUCCUCCUCGCGGUGUCCUGAAGAGACAGGACGAGCCCAUGGUGGUCCUCCACUGCCUCCCUACGCAGCGCCUCCCCCCUGAGUCCCCUGCAGCCGCCGCCGCUGACUCAGACACCGACUCGGCCACCGAGGAGGAGCAGCAGGAGGAGGAGGAGGAGAGGAGCAGUGCAGCGCUCAAACGCAAAGCAGCUGAGCAGCGACCGACUGACAAGAAGCUCCGCCCCGACAGGAGGCAGGAGGAGGCCGCCUCCCCCAAAACUUCCCCGGCCCCGUCCAAGACGAGCCACUCCUCGCCACUCCGUAGGGGGGAGUCAGAGAGGAGGAGCGAGGGCGUGAUGAAGGCGGACGAGUGGCCCCACUUGGCUGAGGAGGCGCAGAGGAAGGCGUCGGAGGAGCGUCUGACGGGCGGAGCCACCAAGGAGCUGGAGGUGCCUGCUGCUACUCCUCCCCCUGCUCCGGAGGCCCCAGGCCCCUCCCCCGCCGAGGAGCUGCAGAUUGGCCCCGAGGCGCUGGUCUGCCACGAGGUGGACCUGGACGACCCCGACGAGAAGGAGAAGCCCGCCACCGCCCCUGAGCACCUCCUUCUGAUGAUGAGGGAGUCCCAACCCGCCCCGCACCCGCUNCUGCUCCGGAGGCCCCAGGCCCCUCCCCCGCCG